UCAGGGCUUGCAGACGCAGGGCCGGAACUGCGUGGUUGCUGGCGCUCCAGUCCUUUCCCGUCAGUCCAGUCAUGGGCUCCUUGCUGCCGCCGCUCCUGCUGCUGCAGUCCCUGGGACUCGUGUUCCUGGGCCUCUGUCUCGAGCCAGGCAAUGGGCAAGAUAAUAGCAUGGUCCAGCUGCCAGGUGGGACAUUCCAGAUGGGGACAAAUUCCCCAGAUGGCAAAGAUGGAGAAGGGCCUACUCGGGAAGUAACAGUGAAGCCCUUUGCCAUUGACAAAUACCCUGUCACCAACAGAGAUUUCAGGGAAUUUGUGAGACAGAAGAAGUAUCAGACAGAAGCUGAAUCAUUUGGGUGGAGUUUUGUCUUUGACGACUUAGUAUCUGAUGAGCUGAAAAAGAAAGUGACCCAGAAGCUGGAGUCUGCACCCUGGUGGCUCCCGGUGGAGAAGGCAUUUUGGAGGCAGCCUUCAGGUCCAGGCUCUGGCAUCCGAGACCGGCUAGACUUCCCCGUGCUGCAUGUGAGCUGGAAUGACGCCCAAGCUUUCUGUGCCUGGCGAGGCAAGCGGCUGCCCACAGAGGAGGAAUGGGAGUUUGCUGCCCGGGGAGGGCUGAAGGGCCGAGUAUACCCCUGGGGGAACCAGUUCCAGCCGAACCGCACCAACCUGUGGCAGGGCAAGUUCCCCCAGGCUGAUACAGCUGAGGAUGGUUUCCAUGGAGCCUCGCCUGUAGAUGCUUUCCCUCCCCAAAACAACUACGGACUCUGUGACCUCAUGGGUAACGUGUGGGAGUGGACAGCAUCGACAUAUGGAUCUCCCAUCCCUGGCCAAGACAGGAAGGUUUUGAGGGGAGCAUCCUGGAUCGACACAGUAGAAGGUUCGGCCAACCACCGUGCCCGAGUCACCACCAGGAUGGGCAACACUCCAGACUCUGCCUCAGACAACUUGGGCUUCCGUUGUGCGGCUAGCCCAGGCCGGCCUCUUGAGGAACUGUGAACAGAGAGCAAGAGGCAAGGGGGAGAAUCUCCUAUGGCCCUGCCCCGAUGGCCAGCCAGGCCUCUCCACUCAGCCAGUGCCUCAUCAAAAAAACAUCAGGCCCAGACAAAGGCUUAGCUGGAGUAAUUCCACACUCCACCUUUGCCACAUCAACCAUUCUCCCUUUCUCGAUCCCCACCCCCCUAGUCCUCCACUGAGUCGCAUUCUGUCAAGAACUCUGGCUGAGGCUGAGAAUAACCAGGACGUACGGGACUUCGCCCAUUGCCAACUCAGGAAACCAAAGCCCUCAGUAUUAAUUAUAGUUUAGGUGUGGCAAACACACCCACCUGCAUAUUAG